AUGGGGGCCGAGGUUUCUCCAAAGCCGUCUGCUUCCCCUAUGAAGAAGCCCUUUGGCCUCAGGAGCACGAUGGGCAAGUGGUGCUGCCAUUGCUUCCCCUGCUGCUGGGGGAGUGGCAAGAACAACGUGGGCGCUUGGGGAGACCACGACGACAGCGCCUUCAGGGAGCCAAGGUACCACGUCCGUCGAGAAGAUCUGGGCAAGCUCCACAGAGCUGCCUGGAGGGGUAAAGUCCCCAGAGCGGAUCUCAUCAUCAUGCUCAGGGGCCCCGGCGUGAACAAGAGAGACAAAAAGAAGAGGACUGCUCUCCAUUUGGCUUGUGCCAGUGGAAAUCCAGAAGUAGUAAAACUCCUGUUGGACAGACAAUGUGACCUUCAUGUCUUUGAUAGCAAAAAGAGGACAGCGCUAAUAAAGGCCAUACAAUGCCAAGAAGAUGAAAGUGCAUUAAUGUUACUUGAACAUGGCACUGAUCCAAAUAUUCCCGAUGUGUAUGGCAAUACCACACUACACUAUGCGGUCUACAAUGAAGACAAAUUAAUGGCCAAAACACUGCUUUUAUACGGUGCUGACAUUGACUCAGCAAACAAGAGUGGCCUGACACCACUUUUGCUGGGCGUACAUGGACAAAAAGAGCAAAUGGUGAAAUUUUUAGUCAAGAAAAAAGCUAAUUUAAAUGCACUUGAUAGGUUUGGAAGAACUGCUCUCAUACUUGCUGUGUGUCGUGGAUCAGCAAGCAUAGUUAGCAUUCUACUUCAGCAAAAUAUCGAUGUAUUCUCUCGAGAUGCAUCUGGACGGACUGCUGAAGAUUACGCAGUUUCCAGUCGUCAUGAUAUAAUUUGCCAGUUACUUUCUGACUACAAAGAAAAACAGAUGUCCAAAAGCUCUUCUCAAAACAGUAAUCCAGAACAAGACUUAAAGAUGACAUCAGAGGAAGAGCCUCAAAGGCUUAAAGGAAGUGAAAAUAGCCAGCCAGAGAAAAUGUCUCAAGAACCAGACAUAAAUAAGGAUUGUGAUAGAGAGGCUGAAGAAGAAAUGCAGAAGCAUGGAAGUAAUAAUGUGGGAUUAUCAGAAAACCUGACUAAUGGUGUUGCUCCUGGCAAUGGUGGUUAUGGCUUAAUUCAACGAAGAAGGAGCAGCAAACCUGAAAAUCAGCAAUUUUCUAGCACAGAGAAUGAAGAGUAUCACAAGCCUGAAGAGAAAUCUAAUGAAAACAACAAGGUCAAAAGCCCAAUACAUUCAGUGGAUGAUCUUGAUGACAUAAGUUGGCCAUCGGAAGUAGCCUCAGAGGAUUAUGAUUGGCUUUACUCUAAUUAUAUGACUUAUAUGUUGCUCAAUGAAGAACUCGACAUGGAUUUUAAUGAUUUUGCUAGCCUGUCAAAAAUCCAGGAUGCAGUUGUUUCCGAUGAACACUUACUAAAACUUCAAAAUAACCACUGGGAACAACUUACAGUAGAAAUUGAACAAAUGGAAAAUAUGAUUGAUGUACUAGAGAAGGAGCUAUCUGAAGCAAAGGAAACAAAAUUACAGUUACAGCAUCAAAAAGGUGAAUUUGAGCAAGAACUCUCCACUUUGAGGUAUGAUACAAUUUCUCUUAGCCAAAAGAAAGACGAAGAUCUCUUGCAUGAAAAUCGCAUAUUGCAAGAAGAACUUGCCAUGCUAAGACUGGAACUGGACACAAUAAAACAUCAGAACCAGCUAAAGGAAAAGAAAUAUUUUGAAGACAUUGAAAGGGAGAAAGAAAAGAAUGAUAGUCUUCUAAAUGCUAUAAAAUUGACUGAGGAAGCAUUAGCGAAAGUAGCAUUUCAGUACAACGAACAGCUUAUCAUUUUGACAACUGAGAAUAAAAUGCUCAGUUCUGAGAUGAAGAAUGAAAAACAUCAGAAGAAAAGGCUGGAAACGGAAAUUCAGUCAUCUCAUGGUAGACUAGCUACUGCCCUACAUGAUGGUGACCAAAGUCAGGUAGCAGAAAGAGACCUCUUUCCAGAGAACAAGACAUGA